GAGCGCCCGUCUUCUCGCUCCCCGACCCGCUUUCGGAAUGGACACGCACAUUGCCCUAUGGACUCGCCCUUCUUUUUGCUAUACUGGGGGUUAAACCUAGGGCCUUUCCACUGAGUUACACCCCCGUUCCUUGUUUGGAGAUAGCGUGUCGCUGAACUGAUCAGGAGGAACUCGUAUUUGCGAUCUCAUGCCUCAGCCUCCCCAUCCCAAGAGUGCUGAGAUUACAGGCGUGCGCCACACCACUGUCCCCUUUUAGUGGAAGCUCCUCCGACGCUAAUCAGCAACUCUGAGCCAAAUGCAGGCUCGUCAACCCCGCGUUCUGCGACUCGGGCCCUCUCACCUGCCCUCAGUAAACAUGGCGGCGCGGUAGCUGGGGGCGGGGCCUCGCUGUGGCUCACCCGAGACCCAAGCACCGAGACCCCGCAGGGAAAGGCAGCGAUGCUGAUCUCGGGAGGGAAAAAAGAGCCUUUCUAGCCCUAGUAGCCCCGGCGGAACCACGGAGGAAUUGAACUCAGGACCUUGUGCUUGCCAAGAAGGUGCUUGUGCCAUUGAGCUAUAUCCCUGGCUCAACCCCACACUCUUCUGUGCACACAGCAGCUCUCUGCACCAUGUCCCUGGGCGAUGGAAGAUUGUGACACGGUGGCUGGGAGCCAACUUGUAGCCGCUUGCCUGCUCCUGCCCAGCUGAGAUCGUGAACCACUAGGAUCACAGGAGCAGUGGCUGGCUCCAGAGUGCACAGACGGGUGAGGAUGAGCAUGAGCGAAGCGGGGAGCACCUCAACCCCGAUCCUCACGAGUGCGGACCCAUCCGGCGCCACCCCCGUCUUCUCGAUCGUGGACUAUGUGGUGUUUGCCCUGCUGCUGCUGCUCUCCCUGGCCAUUGGGCUCUACCAUGCCUGUCACGGCUGGGGCCGCCAUACCGUUGGCCAGCUGCUGAUGGCGGACCGCAAAAUGACCUGCUUCCCUGUAGCACUGUCCCUGUUGGCCACCUUCCAGUCAGCCGUGGCCAUCUUGGGCGUGCCGUCUGAGAUCUACCGGUUUGGGACUGAGUAUUGGUUCCUGGGCUGCUGUUACUUCCUGGGGCUCCUGAUCCCUGCUCAUGUCUUCAUCCCUGUUUUCUACCGUCUGCACAUCACCAGCACCUAUGAGUACCUAGAGCUCCGAUUCAACAAAGCAGUGCGGAUUUGCGGAACUGUGACCUUCAUCUUCCAGAUGGUGAUUUACAUGGGGGUUGUGCUCUACGCGCCGUCCUUGGCCCUCAAUGCAGUGACAGGCUUUGAUCUGUGGCUGUCAGUGCUGACCCUGGGCAUUGUCUGCACCAUCUACACUGCCCUGGGUGGGCUGAAGGCUGUCAUCUGGACAGAUGUGUUCCAGACACUGGUCAUGUUCCUAGGGCAGGUGGCUGUUAUUAUUGUGGGGUCUGCCAAAGUGGGCGGCAUGGGGCGUGUAUGGGAUGUUGCUUCCCAGCACGGCCUCAUCUCUGGGAUCGACCUGGAUCCAGACCCCUUUGUGCGGCACACCUUCUGGACCUUGGCCUUUGGGGGCGUCUUCAUGAUGCUUGCCUUGUAUGGAGUGAAUCAGGCUCAGGUGCAACGCUACCUCAGUGCCCACACCGAGAAGGCUGCUGUUCUUUCCUGCUAUGCGGUGUUCCCCUGCCAGCAGAUCGUGCUCUGCAUAAGCUGCCUCAUUGGCCUGGUCAUGUUUGCCUAUUACCAGGAGUUUCCCUUGAGCAGCCAGCAGGCUCAGGCAUCUCCUGACCAGUUUGUCCUCUAUUUUGUGAUGGACCUCCUGAGAGGGAUUCCGGGCCUGCCUGGACUCUUCAUUGCCUGCCUCUUCAGCGGUUCCCUCAGCACCAUAUCCUCUGCUUUUAAUUCAUUAGCAACCGUCACAAUGGAAGACCUGAUUCAACCCUGGUUCCCUAGGUUUUCUGAAACCCGGGCCAUCAUGCUUUCUAGAAGCAUCGCCUUUGGCUACGGGCUGCUUUGUUUGGGAAUGGCCUAUAUUUCCUCCCAUUUGGGACCCAUGCUGCAGGCAGCGCUCAGUAUCUUCGGCAUGGUUGGGGGGCCGUUGCUUGGACUCUUCUGCCUUGGAAUAUUCUUUCCUUGUGCCAACCCUCCUGGUGCCAUCGUGGGCCUGUUGGCUGGACUCAUCAUGGCCUUCUGGGUCGGCAUUGGGAGUCUGGUGACCAGCAUGGGGUCAGGCACAGCAACCUCUUCCCUUAACGUGUCCAACUUCUUGCCCAGCAAUCUGACCAGCGCAGCUGUGACCACCAUGGUGCCCUUGACCAACCUCUCCAAGCCCAGAGGCUUACAGCGCUUCUAUUCCCUGUCGUAUUUGUGGUACAGCGCUCACAACUCCACCACUGUCAUCGUGGUGGGCCUGAUCGUCAGUCUGCUCACUGGGAAGAUGCGGGGCCGGACCCUGAACCCUCAGACCAUUUACCCCGUGCUGCCGAAACUGCUCGCCCUCCUCCCCUUGUCCUGUCAGAAGCGGCUUUGCGGCAGAAGCCACAGCCAGAACGCCUCCAUGGACACCAGCCUGUUUCCAGAGAAGAAGCAGGGUGUGCUGCAGGACGGCGGGGACAAGUGGACAAUGGUUGAGGACGGGCCAAGCCAGGAGGGGCUCAGUCCCUCCUUCAUCCUCCAGGAGACCUCACUGUGAUGGGGACUCCAGCGGCUGUGGCCUCUGUCCUCACUGCCAAGCAGCCUCCAGAGGCUACUUGGUAGCCUGAGGAUGAGUCCCCUGAUAUGUUGUUCAGAUUGACUGUGACCUGGCCCACACCAAAGCACGCUGCUCUUAAAGAUUCCCACCAGUAGAAGAAGCUGUUGCACCUUGGGCAUGUGUCCCUUGCUAAUCUGUUCCCUAGAGGACCAGGCUGCAGGCAGCAGAUCAUGCCAGAAAUGGGAGUUAGGAGCCAGUCCUCUGGGAAAAGGACAAUGGCGUCAGAGUCAAUGUGGCCAGGUCCUUCGCGUGAGCAUAACUGGCUGUGGGGUUGAUUUGGCAAGACUGACUGGUGCCACUGCUUCCCUUCUCAUCCCGUCUUGGCACCUAGUCUGUCAGCCACAGUGGCCCUGUGAUUACUUCCUAGCUGUCUGUGACCCCCAGGCUCCUCUCACUUUCUCUGCCUACCUCCAUUCUUGAGAGGAGGGAGGUCUGUUGUCCCAGUGCCUCUCAGAAUAGACAAGUACAUUUUAUCUGCUUCAUGUCCAGCAGGCAAGUUCUCCAUGUUACCAACUACCUUCUCCACUGCUAAGAUGGCCACCUGGGGACAGGGGAGAUGUGGAUCCGAGGAACUAGGACCAUGACCGGGCCCUCUGUGGAGAGUGCCAUCCUCCCAGCUCCUGAGCCGGGCCCCUGGUGUUGUUCUGUCAUACAUGCUCCUAUUUGCUUUGGAGUUUCUUCCUCAUGUAUCUUUGUUCCUAAGGAAUAAAAAUAGCCAUUGGAGCUGGG